AUGGACCUCUGUCGAAGGGCCUUUUUUCACGAUAGGAGAAAAAGCGAUGCCGGGCAUUCCACACCCGAUGGGUCUGGACUUGAGAGCCACGGCUCACGAGGAGGAGGAAUCGCGAGAGAUGACACAAGCGGAGGUGGUGGUAUCGAAGGAUCCAGUCGACACUCCGUCGACAUUGGCGGCGGGAAUAAUGCUGGAGCUGGUACUAACGCGUACAACUCCACGGGGUCGAAUAGCCGGAAGCGAGACAAACCGAGGGUAGGCUCUGGAGGAUCCAACGGCUCAAAAACGAAGCGCAAGCGGAGUGCGUCCGAGGCCGUUUCCCCCUUCUCCCCUCAAGCGGACGAAGAGGAGGAGGCCACUCCGCCACCAGGCGCAGUUGCGGGGGCAGGGGAGGCCGCGGGGAUUAGCGCGCAUGGUGAUUUCCCCUCGCCCGGGGACCCGCGCGAGGACUCCCCUGCAGGAUCGAGGCGUCCGCCGAAGUUCCGCCUUCCAGGGUCGAAGCUCGAGUCGAUGGAUGAGAACGGCCCCGUCACUCUCACAGCAGUGCCUCGCCGCACACGCACUGCCGUGGUGAGGCGGUCGUCCGAGGCCCAUCAUCUGGACGUCACGCCCCGUUGGGACGGUGCAUCGCAUGAAGACAAGACACCUUGGUCCAAGGUGAAACGGUCGUCAGAGCCUCAUCACCUGGACGUCACGCCUCGUUGGGACGGUGCUUCGCAUGAAGACGCCUCACCGUCCCCUGGCUCGUGGGAGAGGGACAGAGAGAGGGAGAGGAAGGAGGAGAGGAAGGAGGAGCGAGGGAGAGACAAACGGGGGGAGAGCGAGCGUUGGCAUGAGGGAAAUGCGCUGACGCCGCCGCUGGGGUCGCACUCCCCGUCGGUUUUCUCCUCUCCUGCUGCUGGCGCAGGAGGGGAGAGAAGGGCGGAGGAGGGGGGGAUGGGGCAAGAGGAAAGGCAGGAUGGGGACGAUUGGGGAGUUAGCAGUGGGGAUGGGGGCGAGAGAGAGGCGAGCGGGGAGAGGGAGUUGAAAGGGCAGGCGGCUAUGGCGCACGGCAGGGAGAGGAAGGUUAUAUCCGGGGACGGCUCUCACUCUCGCAAAAGGAAAACGUCUGCUGCUGCUGCUGCCGUUGCUGCUGUGGCAGCAGCGGGUGCUGCCGCAGCUAGUGCUGGUGGCGCUGGUGCUGGUGGCGCUGCUAUUGGCGGGUCUCCUGCAGCAGGGAAAGCAGCGGGUGCGUUUCUGGGAGAAUCUGCAAUGCAAAGCACGGGUUUGCGAUCCUGGCCGGAGGGGUUGAGCCCAGGGGGUGUAAACAAUGUGGAACAGCAGGAGGGAUCGGAGGACGGGAGAAGGAGGGCGAGUGGGAGAGAGCAGAGAGAGCAUGGUUCCCACGGCGGAGGGGUUGACGCUGCGAGGGAGAGAGGGGAGGGUGAGGCGGAGCAGGAGGGAGUGGGAAGUGGGGGGGCGGGAGGUUUGAAAAGGGACCAGAGGGAACAGAGGGAGCAUCGGCAUCCUGUGGGGAAGAGAAGAGGGGUUAAGGAGGGGCGGGAUGGGGUGCCUAGGGCCGGGAGGGAGCAUAGGGAGCAUAAGGAUCAUAAGGAGCAUAAUCAGCAUGUUGAGAAGGAGGCGAAAGGGGAGAAGGAAGGGCAGGAGCCGCAGUUGCUGCACCUGAGGCCGCAUGAGACGGGCAAGAGGGGCAGCAGGCACAAGCACGACUCGCCAGCAAGCCAGGCUCGGGCUGCCGGACCUGCAGGCGGGCCUGGCUCGGAGCAGCUGGAGCUGCCGAGCCAAGGUUUUCCGUCCGGUCAAGGAUUGCAAGCAGGGGGACACGGACACGGGGCGGCAGUAACAGGUCUUGCGCCUGCUGCAGACCGCAUGGGGGGCAGCGAGGGGGGAAGCUUGGGGGGAGCCUGGGCUGGGAGCAACGAGGGGGGAAGCUUGGGAGGUGCCCGGUUUGGAGGCAGUGAGGGGGGGAGUCAGGGGGGAGACAUGAGGCUGCCAGGCGGGCAGGCAGCAGAAGGGCUUGGGAUGCCAGGGGGGGUUUCUGUGGCGGCUGGUGCGCCUGGGACGCGUCUGUCUGGUGCUGGUGGUUCUGUGGGAGUGGGGGUUGGAGAGGGGGAGGUGCGAGCAGCUCGAUCCAAGCCAAGGAAGAACGAGGCCAAAGCAGCAGCAGCAGCAGCAGCAGCGGCGGCGGCUGCAGCAUCUGCCCCCAUGGCAGCAGGUCCUCACCCCCCGGCAGGCCGGCCAAAAGCCGGCCCAGGCACAGCAUCUGGGGCAGCAGGGGGAGCAGCAGCAGGGGCGCCUGGGCCUGGUGGUAGGCCGACUGCUCCUGUGUCGAUGUCAGCGCAGGAGGCAGAGGUAGCAGAGGCGCUCUUUGACUUUGCCAACCUCCUCGCGUUCGGAUCAAAUGAAGCUGAAGAGGAAGGGGCUGAUGCCGCUGCCGCUGCUGCUGCUGCUGAUGGCGCUGCUGCUGCUGCUGCAACUGCUGCUGCGGCGGCUGCAGCGUCUGUGGUGGCGGAGGCUGGUAAUGCUGCUGCUGCCAAUGGGGUGACUGUAGAGGGUGUGGGUGUACAGCAAACGGGUGUGGUUAGGAAGAGAGGGGAAGGUGCAGGGAAGAGAGAGGAGGGGGUGGGUGCAGAAGGGGGAGAAGGCGGGCGGAAGCAAGGAGGGGGUUCCAGGAAAGACGAGUCAAGGAAACGAGGGGCGAAAGCAGCAGCAGCAGGGCCUGAUGGUGCACCUCUCAAGAAGCGGAGAGGGGCAGGUGCAGCAGCAGCGGCAGCAGCGGCGUCAGGGGGUCAAGCGGGGGGUGAACACUCUGCUAAAGGACCUGCAGUGGCUGCAGCACAGACCGUACCAGCAGGUGCAGCUGCAGCAGCAGGAGCGGGGGCAGCGGGAGGAGGGGGAGGAGCAGCAGGUGGGAAAGUAGGCAGUGCCCCUUCCACCCCACCGGACGGAUCAGGUCCUAUGGGGCCGGUGCUUUCCCUCCCACCCACCCUCGGCCCGGCCAGCAGAGACUCGCAGGGACCCUUUUCCGCUGCUGUUGCUGCUGCAGCAGCAGCAGGUGCUGCUGGUGGCUCUUCAGGUGUAAACCCAGGUGCAGGAUCAACGAGUCUUCUGGGCACUCCCCUAGCCUCGCCUCGCGCUGUCCUUCCUUCUCCGCCUCUAGGGUUCCCCAUUGCAGCAGCAGCUGGGGCGGGGAUGGGCGUGGGCGCGGGCGGGCAGGGCGCAGGGGCGGCGGCUGAUGUGUCUCGGCUGCUUGUGUGUGGGGGGAGUGAGGCAGAUGGGCGGGGUCAGUAUGGGGGAGGGCCGGGGAUGGGGGGAGGAGCAGGGGAGGGGGUUGUGGGGCCGGGAGGUGGGGGGAGGUCAGCAGGAGGAGGGGGAAUUGUGGCAGGAGUGGGGCCAGGGGCGGUUGGUGGGAGGCAGAGUGUGUUGGAGAAAGUCAGUCAACACCAGAUUGCUGCCGCUGCUGCACACGGCCACACAGGUUCGUCAUAUCACGGCCCUGCCUCCUCUGCUGCCCUUCACGCUCCUGCUGCUGCCUCCCUGGCUGCUGCAGCAGAGCCCUACGGCAGCACCAGGCAGACCAAGCAUGGCCCAGCCUCCUCUGCUUCCCUCCGCGCCUCUGCUGCCGCCGCCCUGGCUGCUGCUGCAGGCCCCUUACACUCCCCCUCCGCCCCUCCUGUGCCAGGCAUUGCAGGGGCAGUGGGUAGCGGUGGGGGUAUGUUGGGCGGGGUAACAGGGGGUGCCAGUGGGGGGGUGAUGAUGGGGGGAACGCAGAAGGGGUCAGAGAUGGUGGUGGCCUCAGCCACAACCACAGCAGCAGCAGCAGCAACAACAGCAGCAGCAGCAGCAGCAGCAGCAGCAGCAGCAGCAGCAGCAGCAGCAGCAGCAGCAGCAGCAGCAGCAGCAGCAGCAGCAGCAGCAGCAGCAGCAGCAGCAGCAGCAGCAGCAGCAGCAGCAGCAGCAGCAGCAGCAGCAGCAGCAGCAGCAGCAGCAGCAGCAGCAGCAGCAGCAGCAGCAGCAGCAGCAGCAGCAGCAGCAGCAGCAGCAGCAGCAGCAGCAGCAGCAGCAGCAGCAGCAGCAGCAGCAGCAGCAGCAGCAGCAGCAGCAGCAGCAGCAGCAGCAGCAGCAGCAGCAGCAGCAGCAGCAGCAGCAGCAGCAGCAGCAGCAGCAGCAGCAGCAGCAGCAGCAGCAGCAGCAGCAGCAGCAGCAGCAGCAGCAGCAGCAGCAGCAGCAGCAGCAGCAGCAGCAGCAGCAGCAGCAGCAGCAGCAGCAGCAGCAGCAGCAGCAGCAGCAGCAGCAGCAGCAGCAGCAGCAGCAGCAGCAGCAGCAGCAGCAGCAGCAGCAGCAGCAGCAGCAGCAGCAGCAGCAGCAGCAGCAGCAGCAGCAGCAGCAGCAGCAGCAGCAGCAGCAGCAGCAGCAGCAGCAGCAGCAGCAGCAGCAGCAGCAGCAGCAGCAGCAGCAGCAGCAGCAGCAGCAGCAGCAGCAGCAGCAGCAGCAGCAGCAGCAGCAGCAGCAGCAGCAGCAGCAGCAGCAGCAGCAGCAGCAGCAGCAGCAGCAGCAGCAGCAGCAGCAGCAGCAGCAGCAGCAGCAGCAGCAGCAGCAGCAGCAGCAGCAGCAGCAGCAGCAGCAGCAGCAGCAGCAGCAGCAGCAGCAGCAGCAGCAGCAGCAGCAGCAGCAGCAGCAGCAGCAGCAGCAGCAGCAGCAGCAGCAGCAGCAGCAGCAGCAGCAGCAGCAGCAGCAGCAGCAGCAGCAGCAGCAGCAGCAGCAGCAGCAGCAGCAGCAGCAGCAGCAGCAGCAGCAGCAGCAGCAGCAGCAGCAGCAGCAGCAGCAGCAGCAGCAGCAGCAGCAGCAGCAGCAGCAGCAGCAGCAGCAGCAGCAGCAGCAGCAGCAGCAGCAGCAGCAGCAGCAGCAGCAGCAGCAGCAGCAGCAGCAGCAGCAGCAGCAGCAGCAGCAGCAGCAGCAGCAGCAGCAGCAGCAGCAGCAGCAGCAGCAGCAGCAGCAGCAGCAGCAGCAGCAGCAGCAGCAGCAGCAGCAGCAGCAGCAGCAGCAGCAGCAGCAGCAGCAGCAGCAGCAGCAGCAGCAGCAGCAGCAGCAGCAGCAGCAGCAGCAGCAGCAGCAGCAGCAGCAGCAGCAGCAGCAGCAGCAGCAGCAGCAGCAGCAGCAGCAGCAGCAGCAGCAGCAGCAGCAGCAGCAGCAGCAGCAGCAGCAGCAGCAGCAGCAGCAGCAGCAGCAGCAGCAGCAGCAGCAGCAGCAGCAGCAGCAGCAGCAGCAGCAGCAGCAGCAGCAGCAGCAGCAGCAGCAGCAGCAGCAGCAGCAGCAGCAGCAGCAGCAGCAGCAGCAGCAGCAGCAGCAGCAGCAGCAGCAGCAGCAGCAGCAGCAGCAGCAGCAGCAGCAGCAGCAGCAGCAGCAGCAGCAGCAGCAGCAGCAGCAGCAGCAGCAGCAGCAGCAGCAGCAGCAGCAGCAGCAGCAGCAGCAGCAGCAGCAGCAGCAGCAGCAGCAGCAGCAGCAGCAGCAGCAGCAGCAGCAGCAGCAGCAGCAGCAGCAGCAGCAGCAGCAGCAGCAGCAGCAGCAGCAGCAGCAGCAGCAGCAGCAGCAGCAGCAGCAGCAGCAGCAGCAGCAGCAGCAGCAGCAGCAGCAGCAGCAGCAGCAGCAGCAGCAGCAGCAGCAGCAGCAGCAGCAGCAGCAGCAGCAGCAGCAGCAGCAGCAGCAGCAGCAGCAGCAGCAGCAGCAGCAGCAGCAGCAGCAGCAGCAGCAGCAGCAGCAGCAGCAGCAGCAGCAGCAGCAGCAGCAGCAGCAGCAGCAGCAGCAGCAGCAGCAGCAGCAGCAGCAGCAGCAGCAGCAGCAGCAGCAGCAGCAGCAGCAGCAGCAGCAGCAGCAGCAGCAGCAGCAGCAGCAGCAGCAGCAGCAGCAGCAGCAGCAGCAGCAGCAGCAGCAGCAGCAGCAGCAGCAGCAGCAGCAGCAGCAGCAGCAGCAGCAGCAGCAGCAGCAGCAGCAGCAGCAGCAGCAGCAGCAGCAGCAGCAGCAGCAGCAGCAGCAGCAGCAGCAGCAGCAGCAGCAGCAGCAGCAGCAGCAGCAGCAGCAGCAGCAGCAGCAGCAGCAGCAGCAGCAGCAGCAGCAGCAGCAGCAGCAGCAGCAGCAGCAGCAGCAGCAGCAGCAGCAGCAGCAGCAGCAGCAGCAGCAGCAGCAGCAGCAGCAGCAGCAGCAGCAGCAGCAGCAGCAGCAGCAGCAGCAGCAGCAGCAGCAGCAGCAGCAGCAGCAGCAGCAGCAGCAGCAGCAGCAGCAGCAGCAGCAGCAGCAGCAGCAGCAGCAGCAGCAGCAGCAGCAGCAGCAGCAGCAGCAGCAGCAGCAGCAGCAGCAGCAGCAGCAGCAGCAGCAGCAGCAGCAGCAGCAGCAGCAGCAGCAGCAGCAGCAGCAGCAGCAGCAGCAGCAGCAGCAGCAGCAGCAGCAGCAGCAGCAGCAGCAGCAGCAGCAGCAGCAGCAGCAGCAGCAGCAGCAGCAGCAGCAGCAGCAGCAGCAGCAGCAGCAGCAGCAGCAGCAGCAGCAGCAGCAGCAGCAGCAGCAGCAGCAGCAGCAGCAGCAGCAGCAGCAGCAGCAGCAGCAGCAGCAGCAGCAGCAGCAGCAGCAGCAGCAGCAGCAGCAGCAGCAGCAGCAGCAGCAGCAGCAGCAGCAGCAGCAGCAGCAGCAGCAGCAGCAGCAGCAGCAGCAGCAGCAGCAGCAGCAGCAGCAGCAGCAGCAGCAGCAGCAGCAGCAGCAGCAGCAGCAGCAGCAGCAGCAGCAGCAGCAGCAGCAGCAGCAGCAGCAGCAGCAGCAGCAGCAGCAGCAGCAGCAGCAGCAGCAGCAGCAGCAGCAGCAGCAGCAGCAGCAGCAGCAGCAGCAGCAGCAGCAGCAGCAGCAGCAGCAGCAGCAGCAGCAGCAGCAGCAGCAGCAGCAGCAGCAGCAGCAGCAGCAGCAGCACAGCAGCAGCAGCAGCAGCAGCAGCAGCAGCAGCAGCAGCAGCAGCAGCAGCAGCAGCAGCAGCAGCAGCAGCAGCAGCAGCAGCAGCAGCAGCAGCAGCAGCAGCAGCAGCAGCAGCAGCAGCAGCAGCAGCAGCAGCAGCAGCAGCAGCAGCAGCAGCAGCAGCAGCAGCAGCAGCAGCAGCAGCAGCAGCAGCAGCAGCAGCAGCAGCAGCAGCAGCAGCAGCAGCAGCAGCAGCAGCAGCAGCAGCAGCAGCAGCAGCAGCAGCAGCAGCAGCAGCAGCAGCAGCAGCAGCAGCAGCAGCAGCAGCAGCAGCAGCAGCAGCAGCAGCAGCAGCAGCAGCAGCAGCAGCAGCAGCAGCAGCAGCAGCAGCAGCAGCAGCAGCAGCAGCAGCAGCAGCAGCAGCAGCAGCAGCAGCAGCAGCAGCAGCAGCAGCAGCAGCAGCAGCAGCAGCAGCAGCAGCAAGCAGCAGCAGCAGCAGCAGCAGCAGCAGCAGCAGCAGCAGCAGCAGCAGCAGCAGCAGCAGCAGCAGCAGCAGCAGCAGCAGCAGCAGCAGCAGCAGCAGCAGCAGCAGCAGCACAGCAGCAGCAGCAGCAGCAGCAGCAGCAGCAGCAGCAGCAGCAGCAGCAGCAGCAGCAGCAGCAGCAGCAGCAGCAGCAGCAGCAGCAGCAGCAGCAGCAGCAGCAGCAGCAGCAGCAGCAGCAGCAGCAGCAGCAGCAGCAGCAGCAGCAGCAGCAGCAGCAGCAGCAGCAGCAGCAGCAGCAGCAGCAGCAGCAGCAGCAGCAGCAGCAGCAGCAGCAGCAGCAGCAGCAGCAGCAGCAGCAGCAGCAGCAGCAGCAGCAGCAGCAGCAGCAGCAGCAGCAGCAGCAGCAGCAGCAGCAGCAGCAGCAGCAGCAGCAGCAGCAGCAGCAGCAGCAGCAGCAGCAGCAGCAGCAGCAGCAGCAGCAGCAGCAGCAGCAGCAGCAGCAGCAGCAGCAGCAGCAGCAGCAGCAGCAGCAGCAGCAGCAGCAGCAGCAGCAGCAGCAGCAGCAGCAGCAGCAGCAGCAGCAGCAGCAGCAGCAGCAGCAGCAGCAGCAGCAGCAGCAGCAGCAGCAGCAGCAGCAGCAGCAGCAGCAGCAGCAGCAGCAGCAGCAGCAGCAGCAGCAGCAGCAGCAGCAGCAGCAGCAGCAGCAGCAGCAGCAGCAGCAGCAGCAGCAGCAGCAGCAGCAGCAGCAGCAGCAGCAGCAGCAGCAGCAGCAGCAGCAGCAGCAGCAGCAGCAGCAGCAGCAGCAGCAGCAGCAGCAGCAGCAGCAGCAGCAGCAGCACAGCAGCAGCAGCAGCAGCAGCAGCAGCAGCAGCAGCAGCAGCAGCAGCAGCAGCAGCAGCAGCAGCAGCAGCAGCAGCAGCAGCAGCAGCAGCAGCAGCAGCAGCAGCAGCAGCAGCAGCAGCAGCAGCAGCAGCAGCAGCAGCAGCAGCAGCAGCAGCAGCAGCAGCAGCAGCAGCAGCAGCAGCAGCAGCAGCAGCAGCAGCAGCAGCAGCAGCAGCAGCAGCAGCAGCAGCAGCAGCAGCAGCAGCAGCAGCAGCAGCAGCAGCAGCACAGCAGCAGCAGCAGCAGCAGCAGCAGCAGCAGCAGCAGCAGCAGCAGCAGCAGCAGCAGCAGCAGCAGCAGCAGCAGCAGCAGCAGCAGCAGCAGCAGCAGCAGCAGCAGCAGCAGCAGCAGCAGCAGCAGCAGCAGCAGCAGCAGCAGCAGCAGCAGCAGCAGCAGCAGCAGCAGCAGCAGCAGCAGCAGCAGCAGCAGCAGCAGCAGCAGCAGCAGCAGCAGCAGCAGCAGCAGCAGCAGCAGCAGCAGCAGCAGCAGCAGCAGCAGCAGCAGCAGCAGCAGCAGCAGCAGCAGCAGCAGCAGCAGCAGCAGCAGCAGCAGCAGCAGCAGCAGCAGCAGCAGCAGCAGCAGCAGCAGCAGCAGCAGCAGCAGCAGCAGCAGCAGCAGCAGCAGCAGCAGCAGCAGCAGCAGCAGCAGCAGCAGCAGCAGCAGCAGCAGCAGCAGCAGCAGCAGCAGCAGCAGCAGCAGCAGCAGCAGCAGCAGCAGCAGCAGCAGCAGCAGCAGCAGCAGCAGCAGCAGCAGCAGCAGCAGCAGCAGCAGCAGCAGCAGCAGCAGCAGCAGCAGCAGCAGCAGCAGCAGCAGCAGCAGCAGCAGCAGCAGCAGCAGCAGCAGCAGCAGCAGCAGCAGCAGCAGCAGCAGCAGCAGCAGCAGCAGCAGCAGCAGCAGCAGCAGCAGCAGCAGCAGCAGCAGCAGCAGCAGCAGCAGCAGCAGCAGCAGCAGCAGCAGCAGCAGCAGCAGCAGCAGCAGCAGCAGCAGCAGCAGCAGCAGCAGCAGCAGCAGCAGCAGCAGCAGCAGCAGCAGCAGCAGCAGCAGCAGCAGCAGCAGCAGCAGCAGCAGCAGCAGCAGCAGCAGCAGCAGCAGCAGCAGCAGCAGCAGCAGCAGCAGCAGCAGCAGCAGCACAGCAGCAGCAGCAGCAGCAGCAGCAGCAGCAGCAGCAGCAGCAGCAGCAGCAGCAGCAGCAGCAGCAGCAGCAGCAGCAGCAGCAGCAGCAGCAGCAGCAGCAGCAGCAGCAGCAGCAGCAGCAGCAGCAGCAGCAGCAGCAGCAGCAGCAGCAGCAGCAGCAGCAGCAGCAGCAGCAGCAGCAGCAGCAGCAGCAGCAGCAGCAGCAGCAGCAGCAGCAGCAGCAGCAGCAGCAGCAGCAGCAGCAGCAGCAGCAGCAGCAGCAGCAGCAGCAGCAGCAGCAGCAGCAGCAGCAGCAGCAGCAGCAGCAGCAGCAGCAGCAGCAGCAGCAGCAGCAGCAGCAGCAGCAGCAGCAGCAGCAGCAGCAGCAGCAGCAGCAGCAGCAGCAGCAGCAGCAGCAGCAGCAGCAGCAGCAGCAGCAGCAGCAGCAGCAGCAGCAGCAGCAGCAGCAGCAGCAGCAGCAGCAGCAGCAGCAGCAGCAGCAGCAGCAGCAGCAGCAGCAGCAGCAGCAGCAGCAGCAGCAGCAGCAGCAGCAGCAGCAGCAGCAGCAGCAGCAGCAGCAGCAGCAGCAGCAGCAGCAGCAGCAGCAGCAGCAGCAGCAGCAGCAGCAGCAGCAGCAGCAGCAGCAGCAGCAGCAGCAGCAGCAGCAGCAGCAGCAGCAGCAGCAGCAGCAGCAGCAGCAGCAGCAGCAGCAGCAGCAGCAGCAGCAGCAGCAGCAGCAGCAGCAGCAGCAGCAGCAGCAGCAGCAGCAGCAGCAGCAGCAGCAGCAGCAGCAGCAGCAGCAGCAGCAGCAGCAGCAGCAGCAGCAGCAGCAGCAGCAGCAGCAGCAGCAGCAGCAGCAGCAGCAGCAGCAGCAGCAGCAGCAGCAGCAGCAGCAGCAGCAGCAGCAGCAGCAGCAGCAGCAGCAGCAGCAGCAGCAGCAGCAGCAGCAGCAGCAGCAGCAGCAGCAGCAGCAGCAGCAGCAGCAGCAGCAGCAGCAGCAGCAGCAGCAGCAGCAGCAGCAGCAGCAGCAGCAGCAGCAGCAGCAGCAGCAGCAGCAGCAGCAGCAGCAGCAGCAGCAGCAGCAGCAGCAGCAGCAGCAGCAGCAGCAGCAGCAGCAGCAGCAGCAGCAGCAGCAGCAGCAGCAGCAGCAGCAGCAGCAGCAGCAGCAGCAGCAGCAGCAGCAGCAGCAGCAGCAGCAGCAGCAGCAGCAGCAGCAGCAGCAGCAGCAGCAGCAGCAGCAGCAGCAGCAGCAGCAGCAGCAGCAGCAGCAGCAGCAGCAGCAGCAGCAGCAGCAGCAGCAGCAGCAGCAGCAGCAGCAGCAGCAGCAGCAGCAGCAGCAGCAGCAGCAGCAGCAGCAGCAGCAGCAGCAGCAGCAGCAGCAGCAGCAGCAGCAGCAGCAGCAGCAGCAGCAGCAGCAGCAGCAGCAGCAGCAGCAGCAGCAGCAGCAGCAGCAGCAGCAGCAGCAGCAGCAGCAGCAGCAGCAGCAGCAGCAGCAGCAGCAGCAGCAGCAGCAGCAGCAGCAGCAGCAGCAGCAGCAGCAGCAGCAGCAGCAGCAGCAGCAGCAGCAGCAGCAGCAGCAGCAGCAGCAGCAGCAGCAGCAGCAGCAGCAGCAGCAGCAGCAGCAGCAGCAGCAGCAGCAGCAGCAGCAGCAGCAGCAGCAGCAGCAGCAGCAGCAGCAGCAGCAGCAGCAGCAGCAGCAGCAGCAGCAGCAGCAGCAGCAGCAGCAGCAGCAGCAGCAGCAGCAGCAGCAGCAGCAGCAGCAGCAGCAGCAGCAGCAGCAGCAGCAGCAGCAGCAGCAGCAGCAGCAGCAGCAGCAGCAGCAGCAGCAGCAGCAGCAGCAGCAGCAGCAGCAGCAGCAGCAGCAGCAGCAGCAGCAGCAGCAGCAGCAGCAGCAGCAGCAGCAGCAGCAGCAGCAGCAGCAGCAGCAGCAGCAGCAGCAGCAGCAGCAGCAGCAGCAGCAGCAGCAGCAGCAGCAGCAGCAGCAGCAGCAGCAGCAGCAGCAGCAGCAGCAGCAGCAGCAGCAGCAGCAGCAGCAGCAGCAGCAGCAGCAGCAGCAGCAGCAGCAGCAGCAGCAGCAGCAGCAGCAGCAGCAGCAGCAGCAGCAGCAGCAGCAGCAGCAGCAGCAGCAGCAGCAGCAGCAGCAGCAGCAGCAGCAGCAGCAGCAGCAGCAGCACAGCAGCAGCAGCAGCAGCAGCAGCAGCAGCAGCAGCAGCAGCAGCAGCAGCAGCAGCAGCAGCAGCAGCAGCAGCAGCAGCAGCAGCAGCAGCAGCAGCAGCAGCAGCAGCAGCAGCAGCAGCAGCAGCAGCAGCAGCAGCAGCAGCAGCAGCAGCAGCAGCAGCAGCAGCAGCAGCAGCAGCAGCAGCAGCAGCAGCAGCAGCAGCAGCACAGCAGCAGCAGCAGCAGCAGCAGCAGCAGCAGCAGCAGCAGCAGCAGCAGCAGCAGCAGCAGCAGCAGCAGCAGCAGCAGCAGCAGCAGCAGCAGCAGCAGCAGCAGCAGCAGCAGCAGCAGCAGCAGCAGCAGCAGCAGCACAGCAGCAGCAGCAGCAGCAGCAGCAGCAGCAGCAGCAGCAGCAGCAGCAGCAGCAGCAGCAGCAGCAGCAGCACAGCAGCAGCAGCAGCAGCAGCAGCAGCAGCAGCAGCAGCAGCAGCAGCAGCAGCAGCAGCAGCAGCAGCAGCAGCAGCAGCAGCAGCAGCAGCAGCAGCAGCAGCAGCAAGCAGCAGCAGCAGCAGCAGCAGCAGCAGCAGCAGCAGCAGCAGCAGCAGCAGCAGCAGCAGCAGCAGCAGCAGCAGCAGCAGCAGCAGCAGCAGCAGCAGCAGCAGCAGCAGCAGCAGCAGCAGCAGCAGCAGCAGCAGCAGCAGCAGCAGCAGCAGCAGCAGCAGCAGCAGCAGCAGCAGCAGCAGCAGCAGCAGCAGCAGCAGCAGCAGCAGCAGCAGCAGCAGCAGCAGCAGCAGCAGCAGCAGCAGCAGCAGCAGCAGCAGCAGCAGCAGCAGCAGCAGCAGCAGCAGCAGCAGCAGCAGCAGCAGCAGCAGCAGCAGCAGCAGCAGCAGCAGCAGCAGCAGCAGCAGCAGCAGCAGCAGCAGCAGCAGCAGCAGCAGCAGCAGCAGCAGCAGCAGCAGCAGCAGCAGCAGCAGCAGCAGCAGCAGCAGCAGCAGCAGCAGCAGCAGCAGCAGCAGCAGCAGCAGCAGCAGCAGCAGCAGCAGCAGCAGCAGCAGCAGCAGCAGCAGCAGCAGCAGCAGCAGCACAGCAGCAGCAGCAGCAGCAGCAGCAGCAGCAGCAGCAGCAGCAGCAGCAGCAGCAGCAGCAGCAGCAGCAGCAGCAGCAGCAGCAGCAGCAGCAGCAGCAGCAGCAGCAGCAGCAGCAGCAGCAGCAGCAGCAGCAGCAGCAGCAGCAGCAGCAGCAGCAGCAGCAGCAGCAGCAGCAGCAGCAGCAGCAGCAGCAGCAGCAGCAGCAGCAGCAGCAGCAGCAGCAGCAGCAGCAGCAGCAGCAGCAGCAGCAGCAGCAGCAGCAGCAGCAGCAGCAGCAGCAGCAGCAGCAGCAGCAGCAGCAGCAGCAGCAGCAGCAGCAGCAGCAGCAGCAGCAGCAGCAGCAGCAGCAGCAGCAGCAGCAGCAGCAGCAGCAGCAGCAGCAGCAGCAGCAGCAGCAGCAGCAGCAGCAGCAGCAGCAGCAGCAGCAGCAGCAGCAGCAGCAGCAGCAGCAGCAGCAGCAGCAGCAGCAGCAGCAGCAGCAGCAGCAGCAGCAGCAGCAGCAGCAGCAGCAGCAGCAGCAGCAGCAGCAGCAGCAGCAGCAGCAGCAGCAGCAGCAGCAGCAGCAGCAGCAGCAGCAGCAGCAGCAGCAGCAGCAGCAGCAGCAGCAGCAGCAGCAGCAGCAGCAGCAGCAGCAGCAGCAGCCAGCAGCAGCAGCAGCAGCAGCAGCAGCAGCAGCAGCAGCAGCAGCAGCAGCAGCAGCAGCAGCAGCAGCAGCAGCAGCAGCAGCAGCAGCAGCAGCAGCAGCAGCAGCAGCAGCAGCAGCAGCAGCAGCAGCAGCAGCAGCAGCAGCAGCAGCAGCAGCAGCAGCAGCAGCAGCAGCAGCAGCAGCAGCAGCAGCAGCAGCAGCAGCAGCAGCAGCAGCAGCAGCAGCAGCAGCAGCAGCAGCAGCAGCAGCAGCAGCAGCAGCAGCAGCAGCAGCAGCAGCAGCAGCAGCAGCAGCAGCAGCAGCAGCAGCAGCAGCAGCAGCAGCAGCAGCAGCAGCAGCAGCAGCAGCAGCAGCAGCAGCAGCAGCAGCAGCAGCAGCAGCAGCAGCAGCAGCAGCAGCAGCAGCAGCAGCAGCAGCAGCAGCAGCAGCAGCAGCAGCAGCAGCAGCAGCAGCAGCAGCAGCAGCAGCAGCAGCAGCAGCAGCAGCAGCAGCAGCAGCAGCAGCAGCAGCAGCAGCAGCAGCAGCAGCAGCAGCAGCAGCAGCAGCAGCAGCAGCAGCAGCAGCAGCAGCAGCAGCAGCAGCAGCAGCAGCAGCAGCAGCAGCAGCAGCAGCAGCAGCAGCAGCAGCAGCAGCAGCAGCAGCAGCAGCAGCAGCAGCAGCAGCAGCAGCAGCAGCAGCAGCAGCAGCAGCAGCAGCAGCAGCAGCAGCAGCAGCAGCAGCAGCAGCAGCAGCAGCAGCAGCAGCAGCAGCAGCAGCAGCAGCAGCAGCAGCAGCAGCAGCAGCAGCAAGCAGCAGCAGCAGCAGCAGCAGCAGCAGCAGCAGCAGCAGCAGCAGCAGCAGCAGCAGCAGCAGCAGCAGCAGCAGCAGCAGCAGCAGCAGCAGCAGCAGCAGCAGCAGCAGCAGCAGCAGCAGCAGCAGCAGCAGCAGCAGCAGCAGCAGCAGCAGCAGCAGCAGCAGCAGCAGCAGCAGCAGCAGCAGCAGCAGCAGCAGCAGCAGCAGCAGCAGCAGCAGCAGCAGCAGCAGCAGCAGCAGCAGCAGCAGCAGCAGCAGCAGCAGCAGCAGCAGCAGCAGCAGCAGCAGCAGCAGCAGCAGCAGCAGCAGCAGCAGCAGCAGCAGCAGCAGCAGCAGCAGCAGCAGCAGCAGCAGCAGCAGCAGCAGCAGCAGCAGCAGCAGCAGCAGCAGCAGCAGCAGCAGCAGCAGCAGCAGCAGCAGCAGCAGCAGCAGCAGCAGCAGCAGCAGCAGCAGCAGCAGCAGCAGCAGCAGCAGCAGCAGCAGCAGCAGCAGCAGCAGCAGCAGCAGCAGCAGCAGCAGCAGCAGCAGCAGCAGCAGCAGCAGCAGCAGCAGCAGCAGCAGCAGCAGCAGCAGCAGCAGCAGCAGCAGCAGCAGCAGCAGCAGCAGCAGCAGCAGCAGCAGCAGCAGCAGCAGCAGCAGCAGCAGCAGCAGCAGCAGCAGCAGCAGCAGCAGCAGCAGCAGCAGCAGCAGCAGCAGCAGCAGCAGCAGCAGCAGCAGCAGCAGCAGCAGCAGCAGCAGCAGCAGCAGCAGCAGCAGCAGCAGCAGCAGCAGCAGCAGCAGCAGCAGCAGCAGCAGCAGCAGCAGCAGCAGCAGCAGCAGCAGCAGCAGCAGCAGCAGCAGCAGCAGCAGCAGCAGCAGCAGCAGCAGCAGCAGCAGCAGCAGCAGCAGCAGCAGCAGCAGCAGCA